AACGGUACUCCAUGCGCACUCCGCCGUAAAUGGAGAAAGUGCUUUCCUUUCGCGUCACACAGCAUUUGUCGCAUCCAACGGCAAGUGCAGCGCAAUUUGCCACGGAAAAAGCAGAAGGAAAGUGUCGUGGAAACUGUGUGUGGAAAACAGCAGGAAAAACCACAAGUGGUGGCUGCUAACGGUUGCCAAGCAUUAUGAACAUAUUCGACUGUGAAAAUGGCGCUAAUUGAGUUGUUGUUGUUAUUACCAAUAAUGGCGUGCAAGGGCGAAGCAACAACAACAGCAGCAGCAGCAAACAAAAUUGCCUGAAGCAGCAACAACAAAACACGCACACCAGGAAAGAAAUAUUUGGCCAACACACACACACACGCAAACAAGGAGAGAGUGUUAGAAAGAGAGAGCGGCAAUAUGGAGGACCUCUUUUUACUUAUUAUCAAGGAAUCAACGGGAACUAAACACAAUGCGCUGCGGCAAACGGCGCAAAUCGCUUACGAUAAACUCUAUCGCCAGCAUGGAAUUCACCGGGAUCCGUCGCACGAGCUGCGCUCCGUUUGCUUUACCGCCCUGCAGAUGGCGCUGGACACAAAGCGGCCCAAGUUCAUCACGAUGGGACUCAACGGCCUCCAUCGCGUCAUCAAGGACGAACGCUUCUACAUCGGCCUCGAGCCCGAGGACGACUCCGUGUGGCUCCCGUCACAGCUGCUGAGGGCCACCAACGGCAUCCUGCCGUCGACGAGCAGCGAGGACACGGUGGUCAAUGUGCUGCGCCUCUUCCUGGCGAUGGCCUGCUCCCCCGCCUGCACCCUGAACGGCCGCCUGCUCAUCGAGAUCCUGUCCCGGUGCGGCGAGUGCUGGGAGAUGGGCUCGCGGGCCACCAAGGCCGCCUCCUUGGCCGCCGCCUCCCAGUGCCUGCGCACCUUCUGCGCCUUCCUCAUCGAGGAGGCCGAGGAGGUGAAGAAGACGGCGCCCGCCGGCCUGAUGACCCAGACGCAGGCCUCCGCCGUCUACAACGAGGUCAUACCCGUGAUGCAGUGGCUCUGCAGCCGGCUGGUGGAGCCCAAUGUGAACGCCUCGCCCAACAAGAAGUGCGAGAACCACAGCUCGCUGUACCUCACCGAAUGCAUCCUCACGCUGAGCUCGGCCCUGCCCCGGAACGUCCAUGCCAAUCCGCACUUCACCUCCUUCCUGUGGCAGAAGUUCUGUCCCACGCUGGCGGCGGCCCUGGGAUCACCCGGCAGGAUCAAUCUGGACAAGAAGUUUACUUACAAGGACGCCCUGCACAUGAUCGAGAACGAGGCUCGUGGCUUCUUCACCGGUCCCGGAUUAGAUGGCCCGCAGGCCCGUUGUGUCUACUUGACCGCCAUUCAGUUACUUCGGAUUGCCGGCGCCCAUGGCUCACUGCGUCCCAUGCUGGAGGCCCUGUUCCAUCGGAUGCUCCUGCUGCCGGCUCCCCAAAACCGGACAGAGCCCCUUCGGUGCGUGCGAGAGAUCUUCAAGAGCCCGGAGCGACUGAUCGACCUGGCGGUGAUCUUAUAUGUGGACAAGAACACCGCCCAGGGAUGCAGCGAUGAGAUGGCGUUGUUCCGGCUCCUGGUGGACGCCAUGGAGGAGUGCGCCUAUGGGGCCAGCGGCGUGGGCUCGGCCACGGAGGCCAGUCUGCAGGCGAGCGUGGAGUGCAUGGUGGCCCUGCUGGACAGCCUGCAGGUGCUCUGCAGCGGCGAGCUGACCGAGUCGAUGAUCAGCGACCAGAUCGUGCAGGUGGUCAACGGACGGCACGACCUGCUCAAGGAUGCGGACUACUCGGGUCCGCUGACCUACCAGAGCAUGGCCCGUCUGCCGGCGCCGUAUCGCGAUGCCAUCGUGGAGUUCCGGCAGAACGUCUUCGAGACGUCGUCGGGUUCGGAGAGCGAGGGUGAGCCGCCGCACGAGCAGGAUGCGGCCUCCAAUGGUUCGGGGGACACCGAGGGACCCGAGGACGACGACCCGAGCAGCAGCAGUGAUGAGACAUCGCGUGUGGAGAACCGCUGGCCCUACUCGCAUCUCGAGGCCCCCGUGAUGCCCAUACGAACGGAUAGCGACAAUGAUCGCCAGCAUGCCAGGGAUUUCGCAAGGGCUUUGCGGCAGGAUCUGGUGCCGAAACUGCUGCGGCUGCGCAGCUGCGUGGAGCUGGACGAGGCCAUGCAGGAGUUCGCCUCGGCCGUUUGCCAGGAGAACAGCAUGAACUUCUCGGAUUUCGAUUACAACCUGACCGCCAUCAAUGCGGACGGCAUCUACCUGGCCAUCUACUCGUCGCUGCUGCUCAGCCUGCAGCUGAUGCGGUCCGGCUACUACGAGCAGGUGGCCCAGGGCAUCGCGCACAAGGACAUCCUGGUGCCGAUGUCGGAGCAGCAGUUUGUGACGUCGGUGCAGAACACAGGUGUCCUCGUCUAUCUCUCCUCGCCGUGGCUCUGCGAACUCUACCAGUCGGUGACGGUGUGUAAUGUUUUGGAGGCCAUGCCCCGCCAGCAGCUGGAGGGAAUGGGGCCGCGCUGCGCCCUCGUCGAUAUGCUGUGCGAUGCCGGCGGACUGGGAGCCACCCAGAUGUUGUCCGAGUGGCAGCGCCUGCAGACGGCCAAUGUGAAGCACAAGGAGGAGGAGCAGCUGCACGACAAGCGCCGGGAGGCGGCCAAGAAGCUGUGCCGCCGCCUGCUCACCUGCUGCUGGGACUCGAUGGUCAUUGUGCUGAGCUCGGGCCUGGGCGAUCUGCAGACCAGUUCGGCAUCCAACAAGCUGGUGGCGCUCUCGAAACGAACGCUGCGGGUGAAGGCCAAGGCGAAUAAGUCGAACGGGGAGGCGCUGUAUGCCAUGUGCCUGGACGGUUUGCAUUCGGCCGCCACCCUCAGCAACAGCUUGAAUCUGCAGCAUUUGGCUGGGAAGAUACUCAACCUGCUGGCCUCGAAUGUCUGCCAGACCUCCGGACCGCGCAUCUCGGCCAGCCAGGCCAUGUCCAUGGACGUGGUGCUCACAGGCGGCCUGAAUUUGGGCAGCUACAGUGCCGACUGCUGGCCGAGCAUCUUCGCCGUUUGCCGGCAUGUCAGCCAGCUGGAGCACGAGAUCUUCAGCAUGCAGAACCCUGCGAUUUCCGCAUCGCCGGGCAGCAGUCGACGGGAUUUGGAGACGGGCGAGAAGCUGAGCAACGGCAAUGCCCAGGACAAGCUCAACCUGUCCUCCAUACCCAUCGAUGAUGAUGAGACGUGUGUGGAUGUGUACAGCUUCCUGCAGGCACCGAUGCAGAGUCCCAACACGAACAUCACCUCCAUUCUGAAGGUCUACUCGGGCACGAAUGAGACGGUGCUGCUCAGCCAGAGCGACACCUCCAAGGUGCUCUGCGCCCUGUCGCACCAGGCGGAGAACCUCUUCGGCGACGCCGCCGAGCGGCUCAGCCUGCCCUCGCUGUGCCAGUUCCUCAAACACCUGUGCCGCGCCUCCAGGGAGCAGCUGUACAAGAGCCAGGUGGCCCGCAAGGGCAGUCGCAUCUGGUGGCCCAGCAAGGGCUGGAAGAAGCUGGACUCGCUGCCCAUGUCCCUGCUCCUCCAUCGGAUCGGGGAUGUCACGCUCAAGGUGUUCCGCAGCUCGCGCCCGCUGCUGCACGUGCUCAAGGUCUGGGCCAUCACGGGACCGCAUCUGAUGGAUGCCGCCUGCCACCGCGACCGGAUGAUCUCGAAGCGGGCGAUCGAGUACAUUCACGACAUCAUCACGGCCCUGCUGGUGGAGCAGUCUGAGCUGCCGUACUUCCACUUCAACGAGGCGCUGCUGAAGCCCUUCGAGAACCUGCUGAGCAUGGACACGGAUGUGGAUGUGCAGGAUCAGAUCGUGGCCUGUCUGUACGAGGUGGUGGAGGCGCACCGCACCGAAAUCCGCUCUGGGUGGCGACCCCUUUUCGGAACGCUGCGCAAUGCCCGCAGUCGCAUGCUGAACAUGAGCAACAUCAUCGACAUAUUCCGCGUGUUCCUCGACUCGGACAACACGCUGGUGUUCGCCAACGCGGGACUGGACUGCAUCCUGUGUUUGCUGUCCUACCUGGAGAUCUCGGGCGGUGGCAACAACAAUUCCUGCUCGGGAAGUGCAGCGGCGGGAUCUGGAAAUGGUGGCCAGCAGCAACAGCAGCAGCAGCAACAGGAGGAGGACAACACCUUCCGGCCCACGGACUUCCUGCACGAGACGCUGCGCUUCCUCGAGCGCUGCUCCAGCAUACUGGGCUUCAUGCACAGCAUGCCCAAGUGCCCCAACUUCCACUCGACCUACAAGAUCAAGGGCAUCUCGUACACGCACAUCAUCGACGCGAAUAUUCCCAGUUCGAUGGAGAACUUCACGUACUUCGGCAACGACUAUCUGCAGACGCGGAACGAGCAGUACAUGAUCUCCUACCGAUCGCUGCACAUCGACAAGGACACCAUCGUCAAAAUCGACGAGAUGGACAAGCCGUCGGGGGUGCUCAAGGUGUGGUUCCUGCUGCUCGACGGGCUGACCAACUCGCUGAUCGUCUGCCCCUAUUCCCACCAGGCGCCCAUCCUGCAGACGAUCUUCAAGCUCUUCAAGAACCUGCUGCUCAGUCCGGGCAUCGAUUUCGGUUUCUACUGCAUCAACCAUCUGCUGGUGCCGAUGAUCCAGGACUGGCUGCGCUACAUCAACAAGACGGGCUCCUCCUGGCAGCUGGUGGAGAAGAACUUCAAGCACUGCUGCUGCAUGACCACCGAUCUGGUGGUGGAGUUCAUCGAGAAGUCGGUGCCGGAGCAGCGGCGCCUGGGUGCGGGCACCAAGACGCGGCUGGCGCAGAUUGUUCAUCCGGCGGACAACCUGCUGUACUCCAAGCUCAAGUUUGUCACGGAGCGGAUCGAAAGGGAGCAGCAGCAGUCGGUCCAAGAUCAGGGAUGUGGCUAUGGUCAGCAGUACGACAGCAGUUCCAGCUCCGCCAGCGAGGAGCAGCAGAAGAAUAGCAGCGGAGGAGGAGGAGGAGCACCCAACCUCAUAGAAUCACCCACCAAGAUCUCCGGCUCGGCCACGCUGGCUUUGAAGCAGUUGCUCCUGGUUCUAAUCGAAUGCGCUGCCCAGUCGCAGGAGGCGAUCGCCCGGAUCUCGGUGUCCUGCCUCAAGCACGUCAUCCUCUCCACCGGCAUGCUCUUCAACGAGUCCCAGUGGAUGAUCGCCUGCUCGGCCAUCCAUCGCGCCUGCACCGUGACGAUUGCCCCGCUGCGUCAGCUCUCCUUCGCCUUCCACGAGAAGUCGAACAGCUUCUAUGGGGAUUGCGCCAACGUCAAGGUGGCCGCCCGGCGGGACAGCAGCCUGGAGGAGCUGGCCAGGAUCUAUGCGCUGGCCCAGCAGGUCUUUCUGUCGGACAAUCAGCGUGAGCCGGGCCAGAAUCAGGCGCCCACGCCGAGUGCCUCGCAGUGCAAGUUGUCCGACGACAGGAGCUACUCGUUUCUCUUGUACCCCUUGAACAAUGGCUUCAACUCGAACCUGGACAACUUCGUGAUCCGGAUACCGUUCAAGAAUUUGGUGGUGGGCCUGCUGGCCAACCAGAUGCUGCUCCAGCUGGUGGCCAAGCUGCUGCUGUCGCGUCUGAAGUGCGUGCCCCAGGCGGUGUCCACCUGCAUCUUCGACAACUACGCCGCCUCGGCUGCGUCGCCCAGUCACGACUACGACCUGGACUUUCGCUCCAAGGAGAUCCUGCUGCGCUGCGUCAAACAGUAUCUGAUGUCCGCCCUGGAGUUCGAUUCGCGACCCGGCCUCAAGUUCCUCAUGCAGAAGGUGUCGAACAUUGAGUACGCGGCGAAUCUGUACAAGCAGAUGACCUCCUCGUGGAUGAUCUACUACAUAGCGCUGGUGGACUCGCAUCUCAACGACAUAGUGGUCUACAAUCUGGGGCCGGAGGAUCUCAAUUUCAUACUGGAGUCCUGCUCCCGGCUGAACACCACCACGGUGAAGAAGAAGGAGAACUUUGUGCGCUACCUGUUCUGCCUGCAGGAUGCCUGGAAUCUGGUGUGUGAGCUCUACUUGAGCAACUCGGCCCUGCACGAGAUCGAGAGUGGAUCGGGUAAGCUGCGCCAGAAGCCGCCGCCGCAGCUGCAGCAGCACCACCAUCCGCAGAGCAAGCCCAUGUGCAUCUCCCUGAACGGGAAUGGAGAUGCCGAGAUGACGGACACGGGUUCCGGUUCAGGUUCAGGCAGCAGCACCUCGCCCAGCAAGUGCGUCCAGCUGCAGGAGGAGGAGAACGUGACCAUGACCACGCUGAUCAGCGAGUUCCAGCCCAAGUGCCGCAGCAAUCCGUUCGACACGAACCGGCAGGCCAAGUCCUCGGAGGCGGAGUCCAUAUCGCCGGAAAUCGAACAGCAGCGGGCCAGCAGCAUCCUGAAGGACUCCAACUACAAGAGGGCCGCCCUCGCCCAGCUGGUGGUGGCCUCCAUGGAGCUACUGCGUUCGCUUCCCGGCGAGGCCGAGGAGAACCUCAAGCUCCUGAUGACGCCCACGAUUCGCGAGGCCUUCCGUCUCGUCCAGCUGCAGGGCAACGAGCUGAAGGUCAACCAGUUUUAGGCCAUGCUUGUUGAGUUUUAUUUUGAUCUGUAGGCGCAGCCCCUGCCCCUACCAAAAAGGAUCCUUCCACCCCCUUCCAGAAGUCCUCCAAAAGUAAUCCCUGCCCCGCUCCCGAAUGGCUAAUUUACAGCUACGUCUGCAUCUCAUGCUCUCUCUCUGUCUCACUCUCUAUGUCUGUCUCUCUCUCUGUCAGUGGAGAGCUAGGGCUUCAGUGCGACCAACAAUAU